GACCCGGUUAGUUCCGAAGAGAGAAGGUUUAGGAUCGUGACUUGUCGUCUUCUUUCGUACAAUUUACGAGCCUCGUUACGAGUUGUUUGUCAAUAUCUCGAAUAUCUCGUCGUCUGUCGUGUUUUUCUUCUUCUCCUGAAUUUCACAUGGUGCGUGAACCUGACGUAACUACGUUGAGAGUGGUGACUGUGUUUUUCGUUAGGCCAAAGAAAGGUAAAGCAUUUCAGGUUUGAGCAAGAAACUCGAAAUAAAAUUUUGGGAAAAGGAAUCGGUGAAUCACAAUGUAUUCAGGGCUUACAUCAUUGGUCAAAAGGCCAUCCAGUUCCCUAAAGGAAAAGUUAGAGGCUCGGUUAGAAUCACACAAAGACUCCAUGGAUAUCCUUGCGAUGGUGUUAAGAAUUGAUGUAACCCAAGGAAGGACAGUUCGAGAGGUUAUUGCCAUUGCUGAAGAAAAAAAUGGAGAACUGUUUCUUGUUACAUGGAGGUUCAUCUUUGAACUUCUUGGAUUAACAAAAGAUUUUGAGGAACUUGUUGAUGCUGAUCACUGGCCAAUGACAGAUCCAAUUAAGACAUUGGAAAAUCCUCUACCAGAUCAGUAUCCAAGAGAUAGUAAUCAUACCACCCACCACAGAAGUCUGCAUGAGUAUGCACAAUACAGCAACAAGCCUGAAGAGCCUCUCUCAAACAAAUUCAAGGAGCCAAGGCUUAAGAAUGCUGAAGGUUAUGCAUAUUUACAUUCAAUUUUGGACUUAACACAUCAUAGAACGAAAUUAACUUCAAGAUUGCAAUCUGGGUCAGGAGGAACUGUAGAGGAGAGUCAGAAGACUAGAUCUUCAUCCCUGAAUUGGCCAGAGCAGAGUUUGCCUCCACCCUCAGAAGACAACCUGAGUCACAAAACUUGGAAACAAACUACUGUUACUGUGGAAGUGAGAGAUGAUGAUGGAAAACCACCACCCUCAGAAGAUAAUCUGAGUCACAAUACUUGCAAAGAAACUACUGGUACUGUGGAAACAAGAAAGGAUGAUAGGAAACAUCAUGAUCCACAAGUUGAUAAAGCUAAAGAAAGAAAAGUUUCAGAUGGGCAGGAUUUGCAGCAAAUUCAGAAUGAUGACUCGCCUUUUUCAUCACCAGCCAUUUUACCUGUCCUUGUAGUCCCUGCAAGCCAGUUGGAACAGAGCACUGGAAAUGACUCCAGGUGUUUAACAUGGCAGGUCAACUCAGAUCAUGCUGAGCUCAAAGCCCCUGAAAGCCAGUGCCAGCAGGCAGUGGCACCAGACUUGGGUGAAGGUAUAGAUGAAGAGGACAACAGUGGCUCAGCUUCUCAGGUUGACACAAUUCCAAGUUCUGUCUACUCAAUGACCUCAAGCAGAGGAUCAAGCACUGGAUCAAGCACUGGAUCAAGACCAGUCACCCACGAGAGAGCAAAUAUCCCUGUGGGCCUUGUUACAGUUCAGCAGUCACAUCUGAACCCUUUGGCUGGACAGGAAAGGGUUAGUGAGGUGCUUGGAGAAACUGGUAGGCCUUCUGAAAAUGAUGAUACCUUUGGGAACAGUGAUGAUCUUCAGCAGAUUUGUCCUUUUCAGCUCAGGGACAUUGUGUUCUUAAUCCAGAGCCUAAGGGAGAGGUCUUCAGAACUUGCAGCAUGCCAGCUAGAGCUACAGAGUUGUAGACAGCAGUGUGGUCAGCAACAAGGAGAUAUCAAAGAGUUAUGUGAUAUGAAAGAUCAAGAGAUUGGGCGACUUGCACAGCUGUGUGAUCAGAAAGACCAGGAUAAUGAAAGACUGACAGAGGUAAAUUUGUCAAAAUUUUAUGCAGGGUGUUCCUUCAAUAAGAGAAAUAAGCAAUAGAUAUUAAUAAUAAACUGGGGCAUUUUUAUUGUUGGAAAAAAGGUUCUAUAUACCCAUGCAAGAAGAGAUUAACAUCAGCAUAAACACAUACAAGCAUACAAGCAUACAAGCAUACAGCAUACCGCCGCCUGGUUAGCUCAAUUGGGAGAGCGCCGGACUGCCGUGCGUGAGGUCAAGAGUUCAAUACC